AUGAAGACAUUCGCUGCCGUUGCCCUUGCUGCUUGCGCCUCUAUGGUCACUGCCUCCCCUCUUGACAUGUUGAAGAAGCGUCAAGUUUUCAAAACUAUUGUCACAACUGAAAAUGGUGUUGCUCAAACUUACGUUGAGGAAACCGUGCCUGAGACUGUUGUUGUCACUACUACUCUCGAUGCUAGCACCACCACCGUGUGGACCACAAGUGCUCUUGUCGGUACCGAUCUUCCAUUGCUCUCUGUUCUCGUAAAUGAUAUUCCUCUUAUCUCCCGGAUUGUGGAAGCUCUUAAUCCUUCUUCACCUUCCGAAUCUUCUGCUGCAAGCGAGUCCUCUGCAAGCGAGUCCUCUGCUAGUGAGUCCUCCUCCUCCGCAAGUGAAUCCUCUGCUAGCGAAUCUUCUGCUAGUGAAUCUUCUGCUAGUGAAUCCUCUGCUAGUGAAUCUUCUGCCAGCGAGUCCUCCGCUAGUGAAUCCUCUGCAAGCGAAUCUUCUGCAAGCGAACCAGCACCAGGUGCUUUCUUCUUCUAG